AUGCUUCGGCGCACAGCCCCACAUCGAUGCAAAAGUGUCAAUAGUGUGACUUUGGUUGGCGUGGUGCACGACAUCCAGAGCGGGUUUGUCUACGAGGACGCCGUCACGCAGUUCACUCUCACAACGACAAGUAUCGACACAACGCACCCGACACAAGAGGUCGUGGUGGAGAAGGAUCACCACACGAUCCGCUGCUUUGGCGAACUUUUCUCCGCGGAAGUGCGGCAGAAGAUUAAAGAAGGCAACGUUGUUUGUGUCAAUGGGCGCCUGCGACUUAGCCCACAGCUUGAGCCGUCGUGCAACAAACAUUUCUACUUUCCCUACAUCCAGGUUCAGCCUCCUCAUGGUCAAGUGGCCGUUAUUCACGGUGACCGGAGGACCACACCGGCGUCUGUGAAUCCGACCGUUGACGAAAUUCCCACGGAAACUGAGAGUGGUACGGCCGGCAGCUCAUCUUAG